AUGUACCCCGCACAGCAGAAGUACUCGACUUAUGAUCAGGGAUUUUUGGUAUUGGUCACCGCUCUCGGCAAAUGGGCUCACUUCCUGCGAGUUGCAAAGGUCACCGCAUACACAGACCACCAUGCACUUACUCAUUUACGAACGAUCAAAGCAUCAAAGCCAUUACGAGGACGAACUGAUCGAUGGAUAGAUUUUGUGGCGGAGUUUCCAAACCUCAUCAUCACAUAUUUACCGGCGCCCAACCUAUUAGAUGACGGGGGAGAUAUCAAAGGUGACGACAGGGGCAAUGCAGGAGGGGAGCCCAAAGACUCGGGGGGGCCUCCAGCAGGAGAAGGCACCGCGGGGCCCCGUUCUGGGCCCUCCCGCGGCUCCGCAACCCUUUCUGGGGAGGACCUCUCCAAUGCGUAUAACUUGGGCCUCCGUAACAACAACGAAUUGACACAGCAGCUGCUUCUUGACCAGGGUUGGUCGCGGGAAAAGAUCGUCGCGGUCUUCAACCGACUAAAUGAGGCGCGAGCUGGAGUCAUCCGGAAGAAGGGCGAUAGUGUGUGCUGCGUCGUCCGCCCUGCCAACGUAAUCCCUGCCUUGAAACAACUCGACGCGCUUGACUACAAAGUUUACUGCGCCGUGGAGUUAGCGGGAAACACCGGUGUAUGGACGGCGGACAUUCGCAAGACCACAGGCCUCCAAACGCACAUUAUCCAGAGAGGGGUUCGAAAUCUGUGUGAGAACCUGCAGCUCAUAAAGCCUGUGAAGAGUAUCCACGUUAAAAACAGAAAAAUGUACAUUUUGGCGCAUAUGGAACCUGCUAAAGAGAUAGCUGGUGGCUCUUUCUACACGAAUGGGGAAUUCAACGAAGAACUUGUGGAGCAACUGCGCGAGCGCCUGGCCAUGUUCUUGUCCAACGCCCGGUCAUCCACUUUCUCGGCUCUUGUAGCUUUCAUGAGGAGCAGCGGCGAUGUGGGCGGGGGCUCCUUCACAGACGAGGAUAUUUCUCAGUUGGUGGCCACCCUUGAGUGUGAAGACAAAGUAGCCCGAAUACGCACAGGGACUGAAACUACCUUUGUCUGGAACCAAAGCGAAAACCUGCGACUGCUGGACAGUGUACCCUGCAUCGGCUGUCCUCUCGUGGGGGACUGCAGCGCGGAGGGCAGAGUCAAUCCGAGAGAAUGCACCUACCUUUCGCAUUGGCUUGGACUCGAUGUGGAUGGAGAGGCUCAGGGCGAGGAGGAGAUUGACGCGUAG